AUGUCUUCACAGCCUUUACUAGAACCCGCAGGCAAACGAAUCGCACUGCCAGUUCGAGUUGAGCCCAAGGUGUUCUUUGCCAACGAACGAACAUUUUUAUCAUGGUUGAAUUUCACAGUGGUGCUGGGUGGAUUAGCCAUUGGAUUACUGAAUUUUGGAGAUCGCAUCAGCCGUCUAUCCGCCAUGCUGUUUACAGUUACUGCCAUGUUUGUGAUGCUUUAUGCAUUAUAUACCUUUCAUUGGAGAGCCACCAAAAUUAGAAAUAGAGAGGCAGCACCGUACGACGAUCGAGUUGGUCCUACCGUUUUAUGUAUAUUUUUGAUCAUUGCUGUGGCAUUUAAUUUCUAUCUACGCCUGAGGAAUCCAUCAGAGCCAUAA